AAAUAGGAAACUUCUCUUUUCUGUGAAAUUCCCUGUUUAUAGGGAGGGGCAAAUUUAUGACUGGGUAUAUAUUGCGGUGGCACUCCUGAGGAUUCAAACAAUCCUUUCUCCAGGGAGAAGAGGGAAGGAACAGCUCAGCUGCCUGAUCUGACACUCUGCUUCAAGGGAACAAGAGCCAUUCACCUGAAAUCCUCCCACGAUGCUUUGGCUGCUGCUGCUGCAGGUGUUGGCGAGCUGCCUCUGGCUGGGACACAGCGAGGUGGUGACAUCCUUUGAGAUGUGUCCCCAGUUUUUCUAUGAGGAGACCACGCCAAAUGAAGCCUUGAGUCCACAGAAUGCAGCCUGGAUCUGUCAACGCUACAACAACCAGUAUCACUUUGCCACUCUGUAUGACAGAACCAGGAGAAUUCCUGUGUAUUCUGCCUACAUCUACGAGCCUGGAUGUGAUGAGGUGACGACACCUGAAUCGUGGUGGUUUGUUGAGCCCCAGCUGAUAGAUAACASAAGUUUUAUAGAGAUGAAAAGAGAAUCUAUCCUCCUAGAGCAACAUCUGUUCACCUUAGAGCAGAUCAAAGAGAGCCAGGCUGUCGUUGAAGACUACAGCAACCUGAUUGGUUUGGUCCGUGGCCAUUUGAAUCCCAGUGGCCAUCACAGGAGUGAUGACAGCAAGUUGGCUACCUUCACCCUAACCAACAUAGUGCCCCAGGAUAGCAGUGUCAACAAGGGUGCCUGGAAAAAAUAUGAGUUUGACAUGAUGGCUGAAAAAAGCAAGGGCUGUAGAACCACCUACGUCAUCACAGGUGCUGUGCCUGGGAACGACUACGUCGCUGGUGGCAGGGUGAACAAACCCAGCCACAUCUGGUCUGCUGCCUGCUGCGUGAUGAAUGAAGAGUACAUGAAGGCUUGGGCRGUCAUUGCUGAGAAUGACAAGAACGAGGCCCAGGACCUCACACUGGGAGAGCUGGAGGAGAGGUUGACCGAGUUCUAUGGGGGACAAGACAUUAAGCUGUUCCACGAUGACUGUCCCCGAGAAUAAGCCUCACAACCUGAACAGAAAAGGGUGAGGAGCUUUUGCCACUCGUCACAGAAUCACAGAAUGGGUUGGGUUUGAUGGGACCUUAAAGACCAUCUCGUUCUGACCUGCAGGUUUUUCCAAGCCCUAUGCAGCCAGACCUUGAAUGUUUCCAGGGAUGGGGAAGCCAAAAUAUCUCUGGGUAACUUUUGCUUGUAGCACAGCAUGCUCAAAAUAAUUAACUUCCUUAUAAUAUCCCACAUAACCCUGCAUUCUGUCAGUGAGAAUUAUCAUUAUCUCUUGUCCUGUCACUUCCUACCCUUGUCCAAAUGUUCCUCUCCACGUGCCUUAGAGAUUCUCUAGGGAUGGGAUUCCAAGGAGCCUUCUCCAGGCUGAACACCCACAGCUCUCUCUCCCUCUCUCCAGAGCUGAUGUGCUCCAGCCCUUGCAGUACCUUCAUGGCCUCCUCUGGACUCCACUCCAACAGCUUUGUCUCCUUCUUGUGCUCUGGGCCCCAGAGCUGGAGGCAGCACUGCAGGUGGGGUCUCAGCAGAGCACAGCACGGGAGGACAAAUGUCCUGUGCAGGGGCUGUGCUGCUUCCUUCCCUGGUGUGUUUCCA